AUGAGCAACACACCAGUCCAGGAGCCGACUGCCCCGGCAUUGUCCUCUGGCAGUGGGCAGACGGUGCCCUCUAGACCCUUCCAGCCAACCUCAGAUCCCUCAGCCUCUAAAAGGGUAUGUUUUUACAAGAGCGGCGACUACACAUUCAGCGGGCAUCGCAUGGUCAUCAAUGCCCGAACCUUCAAGACAUUUGAUGCUCUGCUGGAUGCUCUGUCAAAGAAAGUGCCUCUGCCUUUUGGUGUUAGAACCAUCACCACACCUCGCGGCACCCACUUGGUUAAAGCUUUGGAUGAUUUACAUGAUGGGGGAUCAUAUGUGUGUUCUGAUCAAAGGCGGGUGAAGCCAUUAAACCUUGAGGAAGUGAUCAGGCGGCAAGUACCAUGGAACACCACCAGACCCUUCACCGCAGGGCGACGAAAGCUUCAAAGACUGCAGUUUGGGAGACGGAAUGAAGUCACAAGCAGGCCAACGAAGGUGCCUGAUAGGGUGGCAGUACGGACACCAAAAAGACUUGAGGUCAUCAAGAAUAGGGACCCCACUGUUAAACGCAUAAUAGUGCUGCAGCGAAGGACAGCACCAACGUUUGACGCUUUACUGGAUUACCUCUCCCAGAUCCUGCAGUUCCCGGUGCUGAAACUCUUCUCGACAGAUGGCAGAAGAGUUGACGGUCUUGCUGCACUUAUUCUUUGCUCUGGAGUUGUCGUGGCAGCGGGGAAUGAGCCAUUCAGAUUAGGAAACUACAAUUUUAACAGAGUGGGCCAGAUGGCACAAGCAAUGGACAUGGAUUCAGCCAUGUUGCAGCCCAGAGCUUUGAACAACAAAUCUUUCUCAAGUGGAAGAGGCUCGAGGAAUUUCUCCUUAUCAUCUGAGAGAUACAUUGUCAACCAAAUAAAGAAGUCCCGAUAUGGAAGCUCAAACAGCUGCCUGCAUCGAACCAGCAGGUCAUUUGAAACAGAGACCAACCACCGACGCACAUCCUAUGGAACAAGUGAAACUGGGAGGGUUCUGGGACGCACAUCCUAUGGAACAAGUGAAACUGGGAGGGUAAACAAUGAGCAACAUGCUUCCAUUGUACCUCAGGAUGAUGACAUUGAGAAGUCUUUCCGUGUCAAUCAAGAUGGCAGCAUGACCGUGGAGAUGAAGGUCCGUCUAACCAUCAAAGAGGAGGAGAUGCUCCAUUGGACUACCACACUCAGCCGCACAUGCCUUAACAAGAGGACAGUUUGUGCCUCCAUUUCUGAGUCAGCCAAAAGCUCAACUGACUCAAACAAUGCCGUUGCCAAAAACUCCACUAGCAUCAGUGGAGACGAGUUAAAAGAGGCAAACCAUCCUCCUACUGGAAAGGGCGUCAAGUUUAACGACGACCGAGUGAUUAGUCGAUCGAAAGCAGGUUUCAAACGCAGCCCUACACCAGGUGCCCAACAGGUGAAGAGGGCCUCGGUUGAGAGUGUAAAGAUGGUGACAGAGUCUGGGGUUCAGGAGAGCACCCUGGGACAUUACUCCUACAUGGAGAGGACGGCUGGGGGUGAGACAACUGAGGGGUACCGUGUUGUCAGACACAGCAGCAGCAAUAGGCCGAUCCCAAAGCCUCGGAAAACUCCAUCUGCAGGGGCGAUCAACAAAGCCUCCCACUCCUCCAUCAGAUCGUCAGGAGUAGCAGAGGUUCUUCAAAUACAAAAUAAUGGCAUGGAGGUUACAGAGACUGUGAUGCACAUUUAUGAGAGUCAAGGCAGCUAUGACAACUAUUUUGCUAAUGAGGACUACAGCGCAGAGGGUCCACCUUCAUACUCUUCAACACCUGCACUGGAAAGCAAACAGUCCACUGAUUCAGCGCCUCUUUCCUCCAGCAAUGAUUGCGAUGUAGAUUUUCAAGCCACCACAGACUCUCAUCAAAGACAAAAAGAAGAGAUGUUAUCAUUGUCAUCGGAGCCAAUAACUCAACCGCAUGAGAUAACAAACCAUCUGUCUUCUGUGACCGGAUAUGGAGCUCGAAAUGCAACCAAAACAAAAGAUAAAAACCCUAAAAUCGAGAAGAAGAAAAUGCUGAUAACACCAGCUAGGAACCUGAAGAGUUUUAAUUCCAUGAGCAGCUCCGAUAAAAAGCAAAGAGAAAGCCUACCAAAAAAUGGAAUCAAGUCAUCUACAGACAAGCUUAGUAGCAGUACCAGUAUUGGAAAGAAGAGUUUGGGUUCAUCAGGAAGUGCUAAGAGUGUUCAAAAGAGUAAUGGAGUAGUGAAGCCUCAAGUUAAGAAAGUGAGUAAGGAUGGGAAGAUUUCCAGAAGAGAGCAAGCCUUUUUAGUUAAUUCUGUUAAUGUGAAAAGGAACCUAACUCUGAGACAAAACUUAGAUAACGGUCAUAAUGUUAACACACCCAAUAUGAGGCCUCAGAUGAAGAAGAACAUUUCAGACAUUUUACAACCCAAAAAGCCCCUUUUGCCAGCCAGAAAAUCAAUAACUAGACCCAAAUCCAUGGGUGAACACAAACUAUCAACACCUAAAAACCCUUUAGAGUUGAGUGAGAGUUUGUCCACACCUUCUUUCAAACCUUCACUCUCUGAAAUUCAUCAAUAUGUUGAGAACUGGUUGGAAAAAGUAAGUCCAGACCCGGUACCAUACACAGAGGAGACCACCAGUGAUGAAUCACUGACAAAGAAUCAGACAAAGGUUGUGUUUCAGAUCGGUGAUGAUUCUGAGUCAGAUGAAAAGAUGGAAAGCAAGAAAACUCUACAUGAGUGUCCUCCACCUCCUAGUGAUGUCAGAAAGUCCGCCUCUUGUCUAACUGUUCCACAGUGUCAUAUAGAUCCACAUCUUCUGCACAAUGAACAGUAUGCCAGAGGUCUAUGUGUGUCGAUGCCAAGUGUCAGAGUCGACCCUGAAAAAAUGGAGAAUGUAAUGAGACCUCACAAAUCAGAAGAGAACAUUGGUCCAGCUGACAAUGAAUCAGCAUCAUCACACUUUUUAAGUCCCCAUGCAAGGAUCAAACCUGUCCUGAAUCAGAUUUAUUCAUCCAUUCAGUGUAUCAGAGGGGCAACUGAGACCACCAACACAACAUCAAAUCUAGAGAAGUCCACCAGCCUUCCAGAUUUCCCAAAUCAAGUGGCUUCAGUGUUUGGCUCGUCUUGUAAAGCCUUCCUGUCGUUCUUAUCUGUGAUGACUUUGCGAGAUAACCUCGGUGGAUCUGAAAUGGUGAUUAGUGAACCGUCAAGAAGCGACUCUGAGGCCAUGCUCAUGAUGCAAUCCCUACAGAAAAUAUCUGCCAUCGAUGACACAGAAGAGCUUCGGGCAAGUUUGACGGAUCUGCAGAGCAGAGCGUCCUCUCAGUUCAGAGCACGCUGGAAGGAUUUCCAGAUUCUGAGGGAAAGGCUUGAAAGCGAGCCGCUGUCUCCCAGAGUUUCAGAAACAGAAUUUGCCCUUGAUGUUGUCUCGGAGGGAGGUGAUGUAUUUGAGGAUCAGUGUUUAGGGAUUGAUGAACUGAUGGAGGAAAUGAAUAUGCCACACAGCCUCAGGGCAGAGAUUUCUUCAACAAUCCACUCUAGAUUUUUUUAUCCUGUAGAGGAGAGCACUUUUGUAGAAACUGAAAGAAACCAGUCGGACUCGGAGGAAGAUGUUGAAACAUUUGUAGAUGAAAAUGAGGAAUUAAAACAAUCACCUGAGCCUGAUAGUGCCACUGUGAUGAUUGAGUCAGAGACAGAACUUAAAGUUCAGAAAACAGGGAACAAUAUCAAAGAGUCAGACAUUUCACAGGUGGACAAAGAUGAUCUGUUAAAAGACAAAGAAAGUGAAAAGGAAGAAGAAGAAGAAGAGGAGGAAGAAGAAGAAGAAGAAGAAGAAAAAGAAGAAGAAGAAGAGGGAGAUAACAGGGAGGAGGUGAAUGACAAAGAUACAAAAGAAAAAGAUGAUGUUGAAGAAGAGAGUGAAGCUGAAGAAAGGGAAAGUGAGAAUGAGGCUGAAGAAAAACUGGAUGACAAAGGGCAGGAUGAAGGGGGAAGAGAGGGAAGUGAAGAGGAGGGAGAAUCUUUUAUAAAACUAGAAGAAGGGACAGAAGAAGAGAUGACAGAGGAUGGGGGGGAGGGGGGUGGGGAAGGAUUAGUGGAUGAUGAAGGCCAAGAAUCAAGGGAGGGUGAACGUGUUGAGGAGACAGAUGACAGAAAAGGUGAUGAGGAGACUGAGGCUGAAGAAAAUGUGCAGGGUGAGGGUGACGAGGAAACAGAGGAGGGAGGAAAAGAGCAUUCUGAGGAUGAUGAGGAGGCAGAGGAAGAAGAAAGAGGGGAAAAUGAGGUGGAUGAGGAGUUUGAAGACGAGUUUGAAGAGGAAGAAGAAAAAGAGGAGAUUGUAAUUGAUGAAGAGACAGAAAAACAAGAAAAUGUGCAGGAGGAGGAGGAUGAGGAGACAGAGGAGGAAGAAAAAGAAGAGACUUUGGUUGAUCAAGAGACAGAAGAGGAGAAUGAAGAGGGGAAUGAGGUUGAACGGGAGACAGAGGAGGAUGAAAAAGAGGAAGAUGAGUUAGAGAAGGAAGCAAAGGAGGACAGUGAAGCUGACCAGGAGACAGAGGAGGAAGUAAAAAGGGAGGAUGAGUCUGAUCAAGAGACAGAUCAAGAGGAAGUAGAAAAUAUUAUUGAAGUGGAGCAUGAAGAGGAAGAAGAUGAGGAUUCAAACGAGGAUGCAGAGGAAGGAAUUGAGGAAAAUGAAGAAGAGAAAAAGAAAGGAUUAAUCGAGGAGGAAGAUUUUGAAGAGGAGGUUCACACUGUAAUUGAGGAGAGGGAGGAUGAUGAGGGUGAAGAGAGCUGCAAACAUCCAGAGAAAACAAAAGAUAGCUUUGAAGAAGAAUCAGUUGUGGAGGCAGAAGUUGUCGAGGGGAUAGAGAUCGAGGAGGAAAAGGAAGAAUCAGAGUUUGAGAGAGAGAAAGGAAACGUUAGUGUUGAUGCAAAAAGUAAAGUUCUACUACAGGAGGCCGAGUACUCGCCGCAUCAGAGUAGCUGGGAGGAAGAUGCAAAUGUAGAUAUAAAGGUACAAGAGCACAACCCUGAAUCUCAGAGCGUUUAUUCCUCAGAGUGUGCAGAUGAUAAAGGUGAUGGAACAGACACAGCUGAAGCCGAAACAGACGAAGGAGAGGAGCAGCAAGGAGAACAAAACAGCAGUCUACCACAUCCAGCUGAAAUAUCUCAGGAGUUACUCGACUUUGUUAACUCUGCCCUCCAGUGUGCGUCACUUAUAUUUACAUAUGAUGCUCAUGGGAAAAUCAGGAUAGAGCCAGAUCAUUCUCAAGCUCUAAAAUCGUCGAGUUCAAAAAGCACGAAGAACAGUUCACACAGCGUGAAGCGUCUACCAAGCCCGACCUGCUCAGAUUUGUCCGAUUACAGGCCGGAUACAUCGGAGAGUGGUGGAUAUCAAACCCAGCUGUCUGUAGAUAUUGUCUCAGAGAGUGGAGAGGAGGGUCAAGGGAGACAAUUUCCAGUCUGUAAACGCAAGUCCAAACUGACCGUUGCAAGUAAUUCAAAAGUCUCGCAGAAUUCCCAGAAGAAAAAUGGAGGGAGUUUCUCUUCAGGCACUAAAGCCUCAAAGGAGGAUCUGUCUUAUUUCAGUGCAGGGAGCUCACAAAAGGCAGACAAUGAAGCUGCUCCAGAUGCCACACGCAUAUCUGUCCCCUCGGAAAAAGACUCAAAGGAUGGGGUGUUAAUCGAUCAAGGCAGAUGGCUGCUCAAGGAGAAUCACCUCAUCAGAACUUCUCCUCCAGUCACCCUGGGAAUGUACAGCAACAUAGACAGCACAUCGUCAGAUUCAAGGUCUAGUGAGGACUCCCCGCAGCAUUACAAAGCCCAGCAAAACCUCCUAACAGCAUUGUCCUCAUCAGAGCUUGAGGAGUUGGCGAAGCCUAAAACCCCAAAGUGCACCUACUACAACAUGUCUCAUGGGAGUGAUUCUGAUCCUUUUCUGGAUGACUCCAGUUUUAAAAGCAGGAAAAAGGAUGCAAGCAAUGGUAAAGGGAGAGGCGUGAGGGUGGCACCCACCAUUAAUACAACCCACACCUGGGCAAACAAAAAUGGUAGUAUGUCUUCUUUUGCAUCAGUUGAGUUUAAUAUACCUGAUAAAAAAGUGCAUCCUGAAGGGGAGGCCGCAUCUAUGGCCAUGGCAAGAAGGACAUCUGGUGGAGAAGGGAGAGCAGUGCAGGCACAAGACUCUAUUGAUACAAUACAUUUGAGAUGUGGCCAAUACUGUCCCAUACUAUAGAAGCAGGACAUUAUGCUUCACAGUGGUAUUCAAAUACAAGACUGUCAUCUGUAUGAGUGUUGUUCAUUACUAUUUUUGUUGUUUGCUUUGUUUUUGUUCAAAAAACUCAUAGACAAAUAACUUUUUCUUGCAGCUUGCUCAAAACCUACAAACAUAUGCAGCAAUGGAAAAGAGUUGUGCCUCUUAUAUAUGGUUGAAUGUGGUCAUGAAUAUUUCUAUAUUUAAACAUUUCUGUGCUCCUGACUGUACAUAUCUUUAU